AUGGCGACUGUACAAGUGACUCGCCCGUCCCGGCUAGCAGAUGAUGCCGCGACUGCUGCUCUAUAUGUGACACACCCUGAACGCAAGGCAUCUCUCCGCGCCCCGACCGCCAUCAAAAGCCAAAACUUAAACACACACACGGUCGGUGGUACUCGAAAGCUCAGCCACGCCUCCGCUGCAUCCGUUAUCGCACACGCAAAUCGUAAACCUGUCGAAGUAUGGCAGCCCCCGGCGAGACAACCUGCCGCCGAGAAGGCUGCACUAUGCGUGAAGGACUACGCUCUGCCCCAGCAACCUAAACCCACCACCCAGCACAGCGCGGAGGGGAUGGGAGCUGCGGCGCUAGCUGUGCGUGAGCAGAGAGCCUCGGUGAGCCAGGCCUCUGCAUCCGCUGCCAGACGUGGCAGCUCAAUCGACCGUUACCACCAUACAGCCGUUGGCGGUAACCCGAAAGACAAGGCGCUGAAGGCUGCAUCGGGCGCCUACACCUCACGAAAGAGAGCCGACUCGGCACCCAGUGACGCGGGGGUUACCUCCGAACUUCCAUAUGACCUUUCGACCGGCGCAACACGAUAUUCCCGCGUGGAAGAGGAAGACCCCCUUGACCACUUAGACCCUGCUAUGGAAGCAAGCCGGGUCCGACAUAUGUCUAACACUGACCCGAAAUUGUACACUUCAUCGCCACCUGUUCGACUCGGAAAGGAAGAACAAAACAUGAACUCCCAGCGCGCUGCUGCUAUCUCAAUGGCAAAGGACAUGUACAAAAUCACCGCAGCCAAGCAACAAACUGGCGAAUCUCCCGCCGUCCGAGCAGCCCAAAAGGGCCAUAGUCAACUGGGCUACCGCAAGACGGUAUCCACCGCAGAUGGGACUGCUCUCCGGCGUGCGAUUGCCCUACAAGAGGCAGCACAAAAGCGAGCUGCCGAGAAGCUGGCGCUUAUGCAGGAUGAGCACGCAGACUACCAGCUGUAUUAUGGCACCGCACCUCAACCACAACGGUCGCUCUUAACCACCCGCCGCAAGAGAACUUCAAGCGAUACGGAUUCCGCUCAGACUGACGCAGAGAAGUCGCGGCAAAUCCGGAACCAGAUGACCAGCCUGCGGACCAAGAUGGGCCAAGUAGAGGACCGUCAGACACAGGAUCGUGAAUUGCUUAUGCAGGCUGCCCGCCGCAAUGUGGAACGAACCCUCCAAGACAUGGAGGCGCGAGUUUGCGCGGACACCGGUCGCGCUCCGGCUUCCGUACAGAGGGGGUGGGAUGAAGUUGCCCAGGAGCUCGUGCGACAGGAGGCACAAGACUUUGAAGGGGUUGGCACCCAAGAGGAUCGAGUGAACAUCGGCGGCCAAACGUAUAUGGACAUGGCCGACGUCGACGCUGUCGCUCGGUCUCGCCUCCAGCCGGCUCUUGAUGAGAUUGCCGAUAAUGCCGAACAACGGAGGGCCAAUGAGAUCGAAGCCCGCCUGGAUGCUGAGGAAGAGCAGAGACAUGCUGCCGUGGAGCGUGAACGCGAGGCUGAUACGAGAGAAGUAGAGAAACAACUGAGAGAUACAAGCAAGCGCCAAAAACCCGAGAGGAAGAUUCCCAAAUUCUUCUUGUGGAGGAAGAAGGGCAAGCGAGCUCGUGUUGAGGAAUCCGAGACCGAAGAGGCUCGAGCUGUCUCGCCUGCCGCCCAGGGAGGUGUAUUAGAGCAGCCCCCGACUACAGCCGCAGACAACACUGCCUCGACGGACACCAUCCCCGAGCAAGCUUCUGUUCAGCCAGAGCCGACGGACACCGUCCCCGAUGAAGCCUCUGUGGAAACAGAGACAGUCACUCCCGCAAGCGUUGUCGCCCUUUCGGUCCCGGAGGCUGAACCUUCAAGGGCCGACGAAAAUGAUGUGCCCGCGGCAAUCCCACGGCGGCCGACACAAAGCCAAACCGAGCCCCUGGAGCUCGACCAGCGAGAGGCAACUGCGUCCGGACCAGCGGUUGUGCACUACUUCACGCCACCAGUCUCAAGCCCGCGCGCCGACACUAAGCUCAAGAACUGGUUCCGCGACCGUCUCGUUCGCCGCUCCAGUACCCCAGUUCCCAUUUACCCCCAUCAGCCAGCUCCGGAGUUUAACACAGACAGCGAGCCCGCCUUCCAAGGUGGCGCCUCUCUCACCGGCCGCGACGAGCCUCGCGGGGCAGCACUUGCCUCACACCCUAUAAGCGAAACUAUCCCGACCCACAACAGGUCUUCCAGCUACUACAGCAACAGCUUUGAUGUGAGCAAGAUUAACAGUGCUGACUCUGCCUCGGGGUCUAUCAGGCAAAAUGGCAAUGGCAAGAAGAGGAACCGUCUGAGCAGGACGUUCUUCAAGACCGUUCCCGAUAACCAUGAUGAGUCGAACGAUGAUGACUCGCGUCGUGACUCGGGGAUCCAAUCUUCGUCUCAGGAUGUCGAGGGAACUGAUGCUCAGAGUCUGCGGGAUAGUGCUAAUGACCAGGGUCUUGCUGUACCACCUACUAUCGGCGAGACGGAGAGCGGAAGAAGAGAAUCUCGAUUCUCCGAGAUUCUGUGA